UGACAGUGUCCCAAAGGCCUAGUCGUUCCCAAAAAUAACCAUUCCAGGCAUCACAUGAAGGUUUACACCAUUCUGCAUGGAAGACAUGAGCAGGAAGCAUGGGCACAGUGGCUUUGCUGGUCUCUCUAUGCUUCACAGCCGUUUUGUGUCAUAAUGAGGAAGAAAGGCUGUUAAAUGAUUUGAUGAAGACUUAUAAUAAGAACCUACGUCCAGCAGAACAAGAUGGCGACAUUAUAAGUGUCAGCCUGAAACUGACACUCACUAACCUCAUCUCCUUGAAUGAGAAAGAAGAAGCCCUGACCACUAAUGUCUGGGUUGAAAUGCAAUGGAGAGAUUAUCGUCUUAGUUGGAAUCCAGCAGACUAUCACGGUAUUGACAUGAUGCGUAUCCCAUCAACCAUGGUGUGGCUUCCAGAUGUUGGCUUGGAAAAUAAUGUGGACGGCAUCUUCGACAUUGCACUAUACGCAAAUACCCUGGUAUCUCCUGAUGGCUCCAUGUAUUGGCUACCUCCCGCUAUCUACAGAAGCUAUUGUCCGAUUGUGGUCACCUAUUUCCCAUUUGACUGGCAGAACUGUUCCAUGGUCUUUCAGUCACAGACCUAUAACGCCAAUGAGAUUGAACUUCUUCUAACAGAGCAGGAUGGCGAAACUGUGGAGUGGAUUGUCAUUGACCCUGAAGCUUUCACAGAGAAUGGAGAAUGGGCAAUAAAGCAUAUCCCAGCCAAGAAAGUCAUAAACCAUCGCCUCACUCCAGAUGAUGCAAGUUAUCAGGAAAUUGUCUUCUUCCUGAUCAUUCAAAGAAAGCCUCUCUUCUAUGUAAUCAACAUAAUCGUUCCUUGUGUGCUCAUCUCAUUUGUCAGUGUCCUGGUUUACUUCUUACCAGCCAAAGCUGGAGGGCAGAAAUGUACAGUAUCCAUUAACAUCCUUCUGGCCCAAACUGUCUUUCUCUUUCUGAUCGCCCAGAAGAUUCCAGAGACCUCCACUUCAGUGCCUCUUAUUAUAAAGUAUCUGACAUUUUUGAUGGUGGUGACUAUAGCUAUUGUGGUUAAUGCAGUUAUUGUUUUAAAUAUUUCUCUUCGGACUCCAAACACUCACAGUAUGUCAAGCACAGUCCGAGAGCUUUUCUUGAAAAAGGUACCACGCCUUCUGAGAAUGCACCUCCGAGCAAGUGAUGACGUCCCACCUUUGGCCCCACUUACACGUCGCAGCAGCUCUAUAGGGCUCAUAUUGAAGGCCGAUGAAUAUAUGAUGAGGAAGCCACGUACUGAACUAAUGUUCGAAAAACAAAAAGAACGAGAUGGUCUCAUGAAAGUUGUACUAGAAAAAAUAGGCAGAGGGAUGGAAAAUGGCACAGUGAAUGACCUCGUUCAUAACCUAAGACAUGCUGCUCCAGAGAUUCAAGCCACUGUGGAGGCUUGCAACCAUAUUGCAAGGAAUAUGAAGGACAAAAAUACAUUUAAGAGUGAAAAUGAAGAGUGGAUACUAGUAGGUCGAGUCAUUGACCGUGUCUGCUUCUUGAUAAUGUUCUUCCUGUUCAUCUUGGUAUCUGUUGGAACUUUCCUGGCUGGUCAUUUUAACCAAGCUCCUGCACAUCCUUUUCCUGGAGACCCCAAAUUGUACCUGCCACAGACACCAGAAUCUACUUGAAAGGCAUGACACAUGCUGUUGGGCCGCUGGACAUGCAUAAUGAGAAUAUUUCUACCUCUACUUAUGGUUAACUGGCAGUUGCUCAAGAUUUUAAGUCCUUCGGGCUGGUUCCCAUAAAUUCUACAGUUCAGCAAGCUGCAUGGAGUCCAAAAUAAGUGUACCAAUGAGCUUGUUAGAGAAGAUGUGAGCUUCAUGUACAUUGAUGGUGAUUGAGAUUAUGAUCAGUAAUCCAAUUUAUACUUACAACUGAUUAGUCAACACUGGAGUAACACUACAGUUUGUGUGACACUUUUAAUGGCUCUGUGGUUGACAGAAGAAAUGUAGAGAGACUUGGAUAUAUUUGGUUCUGUGUACUCUUAAGUGGUAAUUGUCUAAUAAACACAGAUACAUAAAUA